CUGAAGAAGCCAGAAAGACGCAUAUAACGGUGUGAAAGCAUAAAGGCAACACUCAUCUGUGAAUAAAGGUCUCCACCAGCACACACAUGAGUUUCUCAGGAUAUCUUGGUCUGGUUUACCUGACCUGCCCUAUGCUUGUGUUCUUCUCUGCGGUUCAUUCGGCUCCGGUAAAGGAUCAGUAUUCUCGGGGUGUGGACUGGUUGAGCCGGUAUGGAUAUCUGCCUCCUCUAGACCCGCGCACAGGACAGCUACAGAGCAAAGACGGCAUCGAGAGAGCCAUUAGAGAAAUGCAGAGAUUCGCUGGACUCAAGGAAACAGGCAAACUCGACAGUGACACUCUGACGCUGAUGAACACACCACGAUGUUCUCUGCCAGACAUCAUAGGCAUUGAGGACAAGCUGAAAAAGCGCAGAAGGAAAAGAUACGCAACCACUGGGCUCCGCUGGACAAAGUCUGACAUUACAUGGAGUGUCCAGAACUACCCGUCUGUCCAUAAAAGACUGACACCCACUCAAGUCGACCCUAUAAUAUCCUAUGCCCUGAAAGCCUGGAGUGACGUCACCAACCUCAAUUUCUAUGGAGCGUCCUCCAGCGAGAAGGACAGAGCUGAUAUCCGGAUCUCUUUCGCCCGCUCGCUCCAUGAUGAUGGCUAUCCAUUUGAUGGGAAGGGAGGGACUCUCGCUCAUGCCUUCUUCCCUGGGGAGUCGGAUGUUGCUGGAGACACACAUUUCGACGAUGAUGAGAUUUGGACAUACCUAGAUGAAAGCGGCACUGAUUUGUUUGCGGUUGCGGUGCAUGAGUUUGGUCAUGCUCUGGGUCUUUCUCACUCCUCCUCUUCCCCCUCCAUCAUGAAGCCCUAUUAUCAGGGCUCUGUUGGAGAUGUAGGAUCCUACAUUCUUCCGGACGAUGACCGUGAGGCCAUUCAGUCACUCUACGGAAGAAAGAUUAGCUCGCCGACACCUUCCCCUAAUAAACCUACAUCACACCUACCCAAACCACCUGCAACAUAUCCGAAAGGUCCAGUAAAACCUGAUCCGUCAAUCCAGAAUCGCUGUGAGGGAGGUUUUGAUGCAGUGGCGAACCUCAGAGGAGAAGUUUUCUUUUUUAAAGGUCCAUAUUUCUGGCGAAUCCAGCGGACGGGUUCUCUAGUGUCCUUUCAGCCUGCUCACAUUAAGAACUUCUGGAUGGGUCUUCCUCCAACCACCAAUAAGGUAGAUGCAGUCUAUGAAAGAAAGGUGGACAACGCAAUCAUCUUCUUCAUAGGCUCACAGUACUGGGUAUUUAAAAACACGGAGGUGCUUCCUGGCUAUCCACGUCCAUUGUCUGACUGGGGAAUGAUCACUCAAGAUGGAAGGAAGGUGAUGAGAGUGGAUGCAGCCUUUAUUUGGGCUCAUAAUGGAAAAACCUACAUUUUCAGCGGUGGAGAGUUCUGGAGGUUCUCUGAAGGCAGGGAGACUGAGCUGCGCGGUCCGGACACAGGCUAUCCCAGAAACACCAACCUCUGGAAGGGGGCGCCAAGUAACCCGGAUGACGUCAUCACCUGGGGACAAGGAGACGCCUAUUUCUUCAAGGACAAUUCAUACUGGGUGCUGAAGAAUGGAGAAAUGGACCAGACCAGUGUCACUAAGAAAUCAACCGCAGUGGACUGGAUGAUGUGUCAGCAAGAGACAACCAAAGCUCCAGAAAGCCCACGGCGGAGAGAAGGAGUGAACUGCUACUGUGACAACAGCGCGGGCCUGCAGAUGAGUGUUUCAGCCUGGCUACUGCUCAUCACAGCACUGCUUCAUAUUGGCUUCAACUCGCAAUAAUACUGUCAUCUGCCUUAUUUUAUAUACAGACUGCCUCAAAGCACUUAUAGUGAUAUCCAGUGUUGAGGGUAGCACAUUACAAGUCACAUGAGUAACGUAAUAAUAUUACUUUUUAAGUAACAAGUAAAGUAAUGCAUUACUUUUAAAAAGUACAGGUGAAACCAGAAGUUUACAUACACUCUAUAAAAAGGCACAUAGCCAUUUAAAAAAGGUCAGAUGUAAAUAUGACUAAACUUUUUCUUUUUUAGGUAAGUUAGGAUUAUCACAUGGGUUUCUGUUCUGCUUAAUAGCAGAAUAAUAAGAGAAUAUUUAUUGAGAAAUUGUUAUAACUUUUCUUGAAAGUCAGGUUUACAUACAAGAAGAUUAUUCUGCCUCUGAAAAAGCUCAGAUGAUGAUGUCAAGGUUUUGGAAGAUUCUGAUUGGGUAAUUGACAAUAUUUGAGUUAAUCUGAGGCAAUACAAUUAAUAGGCUAGUCUAACAUGACACAACAGAACAGAAUUAACACAAAUGAACCCCAAACAGAAACACUGGGGAAAAUGACGCCAUCAUGUGGAGAAAACAAACAAUAGCCCAGAAUAUGACACUCCAUGGAGUAGAUCGAUUUAGCUAGCCAAACCUAGACAGACGCCAUUUCUACAAAAGGUAAAAAUGUUGUUUUUAAUGAAAGAAUAUAAUUAAAGAGAUUUCAGAUUUCCAAAAUUAAAGUAAAUGUAAAGUCUUUAAACUCAAAUACAUCAGAAAUGAAAGAAGAAUACUGAACAUCAUCCAGCUCUCAGCUAUUUGUAGAUGUUUCUGCCAAAUAGCACGUUUAAUAAAGCAAUGCUCCAUCUGCAUAUUUAAAAAUACCAUUUUAGACAACUUGUAAUAGAAAAGGUUUGCAGUUGUUAAUGUAAGAUUGGUGGGAAUAUCGGUAAUAUUGUGAUAAUGUGUUCACUUUGCUUUGUUCACCUGCAGUGUCUUUCCUAUUUUAGUUCUUUUUUGUAUAUCUUUUUGUUGUUGUUGUUGUUUAAGAAAUUGGUUAUAUAUUUUUCUAAUUAUUUGUCGCAUUUUUCUGUCACCCUAUUAUAUUAUUUAAUACAUUCAAUUAUUGUCCA